AUGACCGCUCGGAGGAGACUGCUGAAAUCUCAUGGCCAUAACAAGCACCUCAAAAGGAGAAGGGCUAUGAUGGCGGUCUGUACUUUCGGUGCACGAGCGUUUGCACCAAGAGCGUGUAUCGAAGAUCUGAUGACGGAAGCUAGGAAGAUCAAAUUCGACGUCAUCGAGACUGGGAGGCAUCGCCUGCAGCGCUUUUUCUUCGAGACUGGAGAAGAACAAAGAACACGUUCCCUGGAAUAUGCAGUAGCAGACGGCAUGAUGUCUUUGCCAAUGCACUCUUGGUCAUCGAUCCAAAGGAAAGGAGAGCAAGCCUAA